AAGUUUGUCACAUCACACCAGAGGCGGCAGUCAGCCAACACGGAGUCUCCGCUGUCACUUCACUCAGUGUGGACCCACUGCUCUCCCAUAAAGAUGUUUAGAAAGACUUACGACGACGGAUAGAAGCCUCGAAAGCCUCACAAGGCAGCACAGCUUAAUAUGAUCAAUGUGAUCGGGUGAUAUCUUGCAGUUCCUGUGGCGAUGUAAGAGACACAUAAGAAGGCAGUUACUGAUGACUCAUGGCGUCAAUGUCCCAAACAUGGUCCCUCUUCACUGCUGUUACUGUGCUGGCCCUGCAGCUUUGCGCAGGUCAGAAAUCCUGUGCCAUCUGGUCCACCGCUGGACCUGUGGUGCAGCGAGGCUCCAGUUUUAAGGUGUACUGCACCUUUAAGUGUAAAUGCAAGGGAUCCAUGUACAGCGACCAUCCGCCCACACUACUGAGUGACACUGAGUUUAAUUUUACAACUACAUAUUUUAAUGUGGUAAACAUAACCAAGAACCGGACAUACAGCUGCCAGUGUACCUGUCCUCCUGCUCUGGACCCCUGUGGACUCGACAUCUCCGCUGGAUACCCACCGGAUCGCCCUAAAAACAUUUCAUGCAUCUACACGGUCAAAAAUUAUGAAAGUGGAGUUGUGUUCUGCACCUGGAACCAAGGACGAGACACCUAUCUGAGGAACAGUUCAGUGCUGUGGGUGAGAACUGUGUCUGGAAACCGCACAGCUGAACCUGUGGCAUACAAAGCCUUCAAUAAGGGAAGCGAUUUGCCGUCAGCUACGCUAAUUGUGCCCAGCUCUGUCCAGCUGAUCUCUGUGUGGGUGCAAGCCCAGAACCAGCUGGGCUCCGCAGUGUCGGUCACCACCAACUACACACUCAGUGACAUUGCGAUGCCAAAGACUCCUGAGCUUGACCAACCCAACUGCUCUUCCAGUGAGUGCACCAUCCAAGUGAAGCAAUCUGUGAGGACUCAACACCUGGAGAUCCAAUACAGUAGAGUAGGGGCACAGACAUGGACAUCUUAUCCAGAAUCAAGUGUGCAGAUGAGUUCAUCACAGGUCCAGUCCAUAUCCUAUCUGGAGCCGUACGGGUUGUAUCAGUUCAGAGCCAGAUCCAAAUUCAGCAGCGGCCUGUGGAGUGAAUGGAGCACACACGUUUCCGGCUGGACACAAGAGGAGGCUCCUGCCAAGGAGCCAGAUGUGUGGUACGCUGAACCCUCCCCUGACUUUAAAUACCUAAAGGUUUAUUGGAAGGAGAUGAACAUUUCCAUUGCUAGGGGAAAAAUCACAAACUACAAACUCAGAGUUCACAGCCAGAACUCUGGGCUGGUCUUCAGCACUAACGUAAGUGCUGAUGCCAGGAAUUAUUCAGUCCUGUUCUGUGCCAGCUGUGAAGUGACAGUGUGGGCUUGCAACUCCAAAGGCCUUUCCCCUCCUGCCAGGAUUACAACCCAUCACACAAAAGCCAAGUCCCUUAAGGUUGUGAAAGAAGCUGCAGACAGCCACAGUGUCACCAUCUCCUGGAGGAAGCCUGAAACUGCACCGCGACACACAGCAUAUGUGGUGGAGUGGUACCCGGAAGGCCACAAGCUGGAAGAGCUCAGAUGGGUCAGAAUGGGCAGGAAUGAAAACCACGCUGUUCUCAUAGGUAUUCAGCCAUUUGAGUGCUAUGAGGGAGCAGUGUAUGCUGUCUAUAACGACAGCUCAGUGAGUUGCACCAGAUUUACAGGUAUCACCACUUUGGAAUCAGCUCCAGCAGUUGGUCCAUCAAUCCAAGAGAAGGAUGAGGGAAACAAAGUGGAGGUAACCUGGAGAGAGAUUCCCAGGGGUCAGCGUGGGGGUUGUAUCACCAGCUACACUAUCUAUUUAGAGAAGAACAGCGGAGACUUGCAGGCUUACUCUAUAGCACCAUCAGAGAGGACGCAUACCAUCAAAGACCUGUCUCCAGGUGCCUACAACCUGUGGAUGACUGCUUCAACUGCGGAAGGAGAAAGCAAACCGGGUCAGAAUGUCAAGUUCUUCAUCCAGCAGGAGACACAACUAUCCCUGCUGCUCGUGUGUGCAGUCGUCUCAUGUAUGGUGCUGUUUCUGCUGUGUCUGUGCCAGAAUUCAGCAGUAAAGCAGAGGUUCUUGGUGUUUCUCCAGUGCGUCAUGCUCGAUGAUGUGCCCGAUCCUGCAAACAGCAAAUGGGCGAAAGAGUGUACCCAAGAGAAGGGCAAGAUAAAACUUCAACUGGAGUCAUGUAACUCCAGUGUAACAAAGGAAGAAGAAGAACCCAUCCUGGUGAAUGUUGAGGAGCUACCCAAGCAGAGCAAUGAUGUCCGCGCACCUACAGACGUCUCCUCGCAGCAGCUCCGUCCUCAAACCUGCCUGGGUCCUCUGUCGGAGCCAGGCACGCUUCCCUACCCUCUGAGCACUUACAUCAAGAGCUUCUCCCACGAUUCGGACAGCUCCAACCACACGCAGACCUCUCUUGACACAACCAUAGACUACAUCUCAGCACACGGGCUGGGAAACAUGGAUGAGGAGGAUCAGGAGGAGGACCGUGAAGAUGAGUUUGCAGAAAUUAUGGGUUUCUUGCCCAGUCACCACAUCAUCACAGAGCCGCUGGAGUUUGGAGGGAAGCUGACUCUAGAUACGGUCAAAAUCGACUGCAGUGACCUCUUUCAGAACAAUGUUUAAAGGAAGAAACCAAAGAAAUAGGACACAAUGACUGAAGUGGUGACUGCAUUCUUCUCCUUCUUCUUCUUCCUUUUUUUUUUUUUUUUUUUUUUUUUUAACUGUUUCAGUAUCUUUUUCUGGGUCACUGAGAUGUUUAUGAACUACCUCUCUGCUCGGUGAAACCAGAACUGUAACAAAAUCAGCUCCCUCACUGAAGUCCUCCAGUGCUGUUACGCUGUUAUGUUUGACUGAAAAGUGCUUUUGUUUUCAUUUCAUGCAUUACCAUUGUUUUCUCUUCAGCGCAGCAUGGGACACACUAAUACCAUGACCAUGACCAGCAGGAAGUAGUCUGUCAGAUUAUGUUGUCUCUGCUGAUUUAAAUGAGGCAUCAGGAUGCUCCCAUCAUCAGUGAGCUCUUUUUUCACAGCAGGCAUUUUCACCUGUCACAGUCCAACAGAUGCUAUGCACGCUCUGUUAGGCCUCAUCAUUGUUGACCAUCCUGUAUAUUCGCAGUGCCUUUAAAUACACCUACACUACCUCAAUCUUAGCUCAUCUAUGACAGGAGAAAAGUUAAAUGUCUCUCAGAUUUGUUAGCAGUGCGGGCAGGUACUAUUGCUGUAUGAUGACAGAUGAUUUUUGUUGAAUCACGAUCAAUCAGUAUCAAUACUGUAUAUUUUUUUAAUAUUUGGAAACAAGACUAACAGUCCAUAGCAAUGGUAGCAGCUCUGUGUCUGUACUAUGACACAGUGGUACUUUGAGCUAAAUUCUUACCAUCUUAGUAGAGCAUGUUCACAUAUUAGAACAAAUUCGCAAAUUAGCUCCCAGCACCAAGUACAGCUGAUGGGAAUGUUGGUUUUGUAGGUGUCAUAAACAAUAAUAAUGUGUAAUUAAUGUGAUGAUUCCAAUAGAUGAAUACUUAAGGGACCACCAAUGUUAUUAGGGAUAAGUGAACACACCAUUAUCUUUAUCUGUUCAGCGUGAAUGAUCUGUAUCUGUAUCCACAGCCAGGAUGAGCAGGAAUUAAAUUACCAAUUACAAAUUAAAAACUAAGUUUGAUGGGUUGAUCAGAAGCUGCUAUAUUUAUUAUUUAUUAGAAAACUAGUCACAGACCAGCUUCAGAGAUUUGGAACAAAAAUUUUAAUAGAUACCAUUUCACUGGGAUGAUACUUGUUCUUGUAGCAAGUACCUUAUCUGUACCGGAUACUCAUUCCAGCAGAGCACUCGCUCAACCCUAGUCAUUUAUCAUGCAGAUAAAUAUUAAUUGGUGUAAAUUUUGCAGCAGUCCAUCCAAUAUUUGCUAAGACACUUCACUAAAAGCAGAAAACCUGCCACCUGCUAGUGGCACCAGAGGAAAAUUCAAGGUGUCACCACAACCAGAACUCAUCCUUUAUAGAUUAUGUAUGCCUGCUUCGUGGCUAUCCAAUAAUAUUUGAAUCGUUUUAAGGUGAAAAUCUGAAACGUUUAAAAAUGUGUUUGUAUGGGGUUUUUCUUAGUUGCAACAGACUGGAAACUGUUUAAGACAGCUUUGCCUUUAGAUCAAUCUGCAAAUCUCUUUGUUGUUGGUUUAUCAAAAAAAAUGUAAUUUCUUUUAGUCCUGCAGCCCUAACGGGAGUCUGAUCUCUCAGUUUUAAUGUUGAUGAAAAUAAAGUAAUUUCAUCCUGAGCAUGCGGGAUCACUG